AUUUAAAAACCUUUGGCUACAGCGGAGGAUACAUCUUGACAUGCUUUCAUCCAGCAGUCACAUUCAUCCGUGUUACUAGAAAUUGCCCUUUGGGUUUCCGUCACUGUUGAACAUGGUGGUUUGGUCUUGCGAUUCUCAUCCGGAUUAACUGUGCCUAACGAAUUGCGCAUUUCAACCCAUUAUGCCAAACCCUUUUGAGACUUGGUAUACCGAUAUUCCUCCCAUCACUCGCAUAUAUAUCACACUUGCCUCCCUCACCAGUCUCGCCGUUCAACUUGGCUUUGUCCAUCCUCUUCAAUUAUGGCUCAACUUCGAUAGCAUCGUCCACUCAUUCCAGUGGUGGCGUCUUAUUACCAACUUUUUAUACUUCGGCCCAAUAUCCGUAGACUUUGUCUUUCACAUCUUUUUUCUGACACGAUAUAGCCGCAUGAUUGAAGAGACCUUUUUUCGAAAUAAGCCCGCCGAUUACGUAUGGUUAAUGCUUUUCUCAGCCAUCGCUUUAAUUUUAUGCUCGAUUAUUGUUCCCGCCACUUACAUGCCGUUCCUCGGAUCACCGCUCGCUUUCACCAUGGUGUAUAUCUGGGCACGAAGAAAUACCUAUAUGCGUCUCAACUUCUUGGGGCUCGUGGUUUUUAGUGCGCCUCAUCUUCCUUGGGUGCUUCUCUGUUUUUCGUGGCUGCUGGGGGAGCAGCUACCCAUGGGUGACGCACUAGGAAUUGUCGUCGGUCAUAUUUACUACUUCUUUGAAGAUGUCUGGCCCAACGAUCCAGCCAGUGGCGGCACGCGUUUACUGGCGACGCCACGAAUCAUUCGUUGGCUGAUAGAAGGCAACAGGCAACCAGAAGAGAAUCUCGACAUUAAUGACGCUUAUGAUACGCCAGCCAACGAGCAGCAAGCAGAGGACAAUAAUUCAUUCCAUGACAACCACCAAGCAGCAACACCUGAAAUAGUCACUGAAUCAACCCCAUUUACUCCAACCACUUUCACCACCACCACCACCAAUACCGCCAGAAACACAACAUCAGCUUCAGCUACUGAUGAAGAAGCGUCCCAUUUCCCAACAUCGUCAGAAGAAGGAGGUUCAGGCAGUUCACUUCGCCAUCGCGCUCCAAACGAGCAUAUUGCGGCGUAAUGUGAAAUGUUGCACAAUGUUGUUAGACUGAUGGGUCGAUCCAAUAAAAUUCAUUUGCUGGUCAUUUUCAACUAAUACAGUAGGG